AUGGAAGGUGAGACGAGAGAAGAGAAGUCGUUGUUAGAUGAUGCGGGAUCAGAUCAAAACAAAUUCAAUGAGAUGACACGAAAAAGUGAAAGAAACACUUGUAAAAUGGAUUGCAAGUGGAUUAGAUAUGCUGUAUCCGACAUUUUUUCCUUCGUUCACUUGUUCAUUCAGUUUCUUUCGUCCUUCCAUCCUUUAAUCCUUCUUUCUUUAUUCCUUUCUUUCUUUCUUUCUUUCUACACUUAUUUUCCUUUCCGUUAUUUCUUUUUUUUUACGUAUUCUUUCUUUCUUUCUUUCUUUCUUUCUUUUAGACUGUGUUUUUUAAUAUCUUUCUUUCGAUAUUCUUUCUUUAUUUAUUUCUAUCUUUCUUUAUUUCUUUCUUUCUUUCUCAAGUCAUUUUUGUUUUCGUUAAUUCUGAAAUCUUUUCUCUCCAUUUUUUUUAAAUUCUUUCUUUCUUUGGGUUUUUUUGUUCACGUAUUCUUUCUUUCUUUCUUUCUUUCUGAAGUCAUUUUUCUUUCUGUAUUUAAAUAUUUUUCCAUUGAGAACUUUGAAAUGACAACUAGACAUUUUUCACUUUUGUUUAGUUUCUUUCGUCCUUCCAUUCUUUCUUUCUUUCUUUCUUUCUUUCUUUCUUUCUUUCUUCCUUUCUUUCUUUCUUUCUUUCUUUCUACACUUAUUUUCUUUUCCGUUAUUUCUGUAAUCUUAUCUCUCUUUUUUUUAAAGUCUAUAUUUCUUUGUUUCUUUGGAGUUUUUUAUGUAUUCUUUCUUUCUUUCUUUCUUUUUUUUUCUUUCUUUCUUUCUUUCUUUCUGCACUUAUUUUCCUUUCCGUUAUUUCUGCAAUCUUUUCACUCCAUUUUUUUUUUAAUUCUUUCUUUGGGUUUUUUUUUUACGUAUUCUUUCUUUCUUUAUUUCUUUCUUUCCUUCUUUCUUUCUUUCUCAAGUCAUUUUUCUUUUCGUUAUUUCUGCAAUCUUUUCUCUCCAUUUUUUAAAAAUUCUUUCUUUCUUUAUUUCUUUGGGUUUUUUUCGUUACUUAUCUUUCUUUCUUUCUUUCUUCAGUCAUUUUUCUUUUCGUUAUUUCUGCAAUCUUUCCUCUAA